AUGAAUAUUGUACGAAUGAGAAAGGCAUGCAAAGCAAUCUAUAACCUAGUUGUACUCAUGGGAGUUACACUCCAGAGCUCAGGCAGUAAUACAAACCCAGGUGGAAUCUAUAGCUUUGGAAAUUAUCCUGUGGAUACGACUGAAAUAUCUAUAUGUAGACAAGGCAUUAGGUAUAUUGACAGCAAUAUUAAGAGACUAGUGAAGCUAGAGAAGCUGGAACUCAGUCUUAACAAUCUCAAGACAUUGCCACCCGAGAUAGGAGAAUUGAAGAAUUUACAGCAUCUGGAUCUAUAUGGCAAUAGGCUCAGGACAUUACCAUAUGAGGUAGAGGAGUUGAAGAAUUUACAGCAUCUGGAUCUAUAUGGCAAUAGGCUCAGGACAUUACCAUAUGAGGUAGAGGAGUUGAAGAAUUUACAGCAUCUGGAUCUUGGUCAUAACAAAUUUGAAUCAUUUCCAACAGUGAUAAGAAAACUAAAGAAUCUAGAAAGACUGGAUCUCAAUGAUAACAAAUUUGGAUUAUUCCCAAUUGAGAUAGCAGAGCUAAAGAAACUACAGCGCUUAGAACUUCGUGGUAACAAGCUAAAGCUAUUGCCAGACGAGAUAGGAGAGAUGAAGGAACUACGGACCUUGCAUCUCGAUGAUAACGAACUUGAAUCAUUUCCAACAGUGAUAGCAGAGCUAAAGAAACUACAGACCUUGUAUCUCCGUGGUAACAAGCUAAAGCUAUUACCAGACGAGAUAGAAACGUUGAAGGAACUACAGACCUUGUAUCUUGGAUACAACGAAUUUGAAUCAUUUCCAACUGUGAUAGUAAAGCUGAAGAAUCUACAACAUCUGUUUCUUGGUAAUAACAAGCUUGAGACACUACCGGCUAAGCUAGAAGAGCUGGAGCAUCUAGGAGAACUGUAUCUCAAUGAUAACAAACUUGAGACAUUGCCAAUUGAGAUAGAAAAGUUGUCAGGUUCGUUGCGAUUACUGAAUUUGAUGGGAAAUAACAUUUCAGAGGUUGGUGAUGGAGAAAGAACUGUGGGCAGGAGAGAGCUGAGAGAGAUAUUUGGGGAUCGUGUUAUGCUUGAUAACGACAUCGUUGAAUAUGAAGAAGAUGAAAUUUCAGUCGAGGACGUGUACAGAGAACUUAAGAGCAAGCCAAUGCACUGGAACUUCGAGAUGCUGAGAACACUCAGACCGCCGUCAGUUCCUGAGUUGAAAUGCAGCGAGGAAGAAUUGGUGAGGCUGUGGAAUGAGAGCAUGUUUGUGAGGGAGUGGGACAGGCUGAGGCCCGAGGUCAUUGAGACGAUCAAGGCCAACAGAGGAGUCCUUGUGGCAGUGUAUGGAGAGGGCUUUUCUGCACUGCUCAGGACAGAUGUAGACAGUGAGACCAGAAAUAGGAAUAUCACAGAGAUUGUUACAAAGAUUGCAGAGAACAGAGACAGCUAUACCAGGGAACGGAACAUAUCAGAGCUCGCUGGUAAUGACAAAAGCGCCUUUAUGGACAUGUGGGAGAAGAACAGCCGCACGUUCAUAAUGGGCGACAACAAGAGAACAAUGGACGAGUUCAUACACCACAUCUACAAUCCAGACGAAGAGUACAGGAGGUGGGGGAUGAAGAAGAAGCACACGGGUCUGGCCAAGAACCUGCUUGGAUCCAUACUCAAUGCUCUUUCGAAAGAGCGCGAUGGGGAUGUGGUCGUC